AUGUCUAAAAUUUUGCCUCAUAUUGACCCCGGAACCUUAGAUUGUAUUAUAUAUCAUAAAGACUGUUCCGAUGGAUUUGGCGCGGCGUAUUCAGCAUGGAAACGAUUGGGAAAUAACGCAGUAUAUCAUGCGGCACAACAUAGUACACCGCCGCCUCAGGAUAUUCAGGACAAGCGGAUUGGAAUAUUCGAUUUUAGUUACCCAAAAACUACUCUCAAAGAACUUAAAAAACAAGCAAAAAUAAUAGCAGUUGUGGAUCAUCAUAAAUCCGCCAGAGAUGAUUUAUUGAGUGAAGAUGAGGAUACAAAGAAUUAUUUCUUUGACAUGAAUAAAAGUGGUGCUAGGUUGGCAUGGGAAUUCUUCUGGCCAGAUAAAGAAGUUCCAUUACUGAUUCGAUAUAUUGAGGACAAAGAUUUAUGGAGAUUUUCAUUGCCAAAGUCUCGAGAGUUUUCUGCUUUUUGGGUGACCAUUCCCUUUCAAUUUGAGCUUUAUGACCAAUACGUCAAAGAUGAGAGCUUGAUUGAAAAAGCAAUAGAAUCUGGAACUAUUAUCCUUAAUUACGUUCAGAAUCGUGUUUCUUUCAUAAAAGAUAAAGAUAUGUUUAAACGCAAAAUGACUGUAAACAUAAUUGAUGAUGAUAAAAAACCUCAAAUCAAAAACUAUACUGUAUUCGUUACAAAUGCACCACUAUGGCAAUCUGAUCUCGGAAAUUCUCUUGCGAACAUUGAUGGAUCCGAUUUCGGCAUGGUAUUUAGUUAUGAUGGAACCUUAAAACGGUAUAAUGUCAGCUUAAGAAGCACAAAUGAAAAAGCUGAUGUUUCUCAAGUUGCAAAAGCAUUUGGUGGUGGCGGUCAUAGGAAUGCAUCUGGAUUUGUUUGGGAUAAACCAAUCGAAGAUUUAUUCGAUUCUGAAGAGCAAUAA